GAGCGGGCAGCUUGUUGGCACGUGACAUGUUUGGUGUGAACAGGGUGAGGCGUUGGGGCGCUGUAAUUUUACAAAAAUGUCUUUCCUCAUCUUAUUCUGCAUAGUACCUGCAUGGGCUGAAGGGUGCCGUGUUUCCAUGUUUUGGCCAUAAAGUUGAAGGUGUAGUUGUGUCUGUUUGGACAUUGUAAAAUGAAGAAACGAACCAGCUCGCUACGCCCAAGCAGUAGCAAUGAAGAGGCCAGAAGUGGAACUGUUAUGAUCUCUACCCAAUCUUUCAACUCAGAAGAAAUCCCCAAUGCCGCUAAUGCACUUAUCAGAUGCAUCACUAUGUCCCAGCACAGUCACAACCUCCUCAAGUUCCUGAAUGAAGACCGGGGACGGCAGAGAUUUUGUGACGUUUCUGUGUCUGUGGGUGGCAAGAUCUACUGUGCUCAUAAGGCAGUUUUGGCCCAUGGAAGCAGCUACUUCCAUGCAGAGUUUUCCAAAAAUCCACAAGCCACACAUGUAACCCUGGACCAUGUAGAAGAACCCGUUUUUCAACAUUUACUUGAAUUUUUAUACACUUCAGAAUGCAUUAUAACAGAAACAGACAUACCAACUUUAAUCGCAGCAGCCCGUUUUUUGGACAUGAUGGACAUCCUAAAACUGCUUUCUGAAGAUGCUCAGUCAAAAUCUAAUAAUGCUCCAGCUGAAUUGACCAGUGGUGAUUUGUCAGCAGAUCCCAAAUACAUUGAAGAUGCAUGCAAUAGUGAGUCCCCAAGUUCUGAAGGCUUAUUGGACAGUAAGACGGUGAUUCAAGUCAUACCUGAGAAUCACAACCCUGCACCAAUACGAAGAUCAUCGCACAGAAAAAGUGCAUUGAAGUAUAAGACGGAUAAUGAAAGUGAAAGCAUAGUCAAUAAAAGGACAAAAGUACUUAAAAAAUCAGUGGUGGAAGAAGGGAAAGAAGCAAACUUUGAUGCUGAGAUUGUGGCCAAUAACCCUCACAUUCAAGAUGAGAAUGAGGAUGUAGAGCAAGAUGAUGAUGCUGCUGAACUGGAUGCAGGUCAAUUAAAAACACAAAGUAGACACAAUUCUGAAAAAACAAAUGCUGUUAAUAUGAAGGCAAAAUCCCGAAGCACGAUUCAGGAAUAUCCCGAAGGACUGGCUCCAGUUAUUAUUCAGACCGCCAGCAAGAAGACACUCAAGUGUCCGAAGUGUGACAAAGUCUUUGACCGAGCAGCUAAGUAUGAGAGCCACACACGGGUGCACACGGGAGAGAAGCCAUUCCAGUGUGAGAUCUGCCAGCAGUGCUACUCCACCAAGUCCAACCUGACAGUCCACAAGAAAAAACAUCACAAUGACAGCAUUUGCUCAAAGAAGGAGCACCAGUGUCCUGUGUGUAACAAGCUCCAUGCCAGCAAAAAGACUCUGGCAAAACACAUCCGGAGGUUUCAUCCUGACCAUAUCCAAGAGAACAAGAAAAGGAAGAGGAGUGAAGGCUGGAAGUGUGCUAUUUGUCAGAAGACGUUCACGCGCAGGCCGCAUCUUCAGGAACACAUGAUUUUACACUCCCAAGAGCUGCCUUUCAAAUGUACCUUCUGUGACCAAUACUUCAAGUCAAGAUUUGCCCGACUCAAGCACCAAGAAAAAUCACAUUUAGGUCCUUUCCCCUGUGAAAUCUGCGGACGACAAUUCAACGACUCGGGCAACAAAAGGAGGCACAUAGAGUGUACACAUGGUGGCAAAAGGAAGUGGACCUGCUUUGUCUGUGGAAAGUCCGUUAGGGAGCGAACGACUUUAAGAGAGCACAUGCGGAUCCACAGCGGGGAGAAGCCUCACCUCUGCAGUGUGUGUGGACAAAGUUUCCGUCAUGGGAGUUCCUACAGGCUUCACCUGCGAGUUCACCAUAACGACAAACGAUACGAGUGUAUUCAGUGUGGGAAAACAUUCAUCCGCCAUGACCAUCUGAGCAAACAUCAGAAAAUACACUCGGGUGAGAAAGCACAUCAAUGUGAAGAGUGUGGAAAGUGCUUCAGGCGACAUGAUCAUUUGACAGUCCAUUAUAAAACUGUUCACCUGGGACAGAAAGUUUGGCAGAAGUAUAAAACAGCCGUGCAUCAAUGUGAAGUUUGCAAGAAGGAAUUCAAAGGAAGGUCCAGCUUAGAAAGCCAUUUCAGAACACAUUCAGGGGAGAAACCUCACAAAUGCCCCGAGUGCCACCAGUCGUUUAGGAUAAAGAAGACACUGACGAAGCACAUGGUCAUCCACUCAGAAGAACGUCCCUAUAACUGCCCUCACUGCAGUGCCGCUUUCAAACGGAAAGACAAACUCAAAUACCACGUCGACCACGUCCAUAACACUCGCUACACUGUGCAGCCUGUGGGGAACCUCAGCCAAGACAAACUGGACCCUGCUUCCUAUGUCGAAACCACAAAAGCCUUUAAUGAAGCCAAAUCCAGCAUCCACAGCAGCCCAUCUCCUGCCAGCCCCCGUGUGCCUGCCACUUUAAGGGCUGUCUCAAUGGCAGACACAGGGCAAGCUUCAGGACAACAACCAAACUACCCAUCCACAACAGACCUCGCCUUCUUAGAAAAGUACACUCUGAACCCUCAGCCUGCUAACGUGCUCCACCCUGUGAGACCUGAUCAGAUGUUAGACCCCCGGGAACAGUCCUACCUGGGCACACUGCUCGGGCUGGACUCUGCCACCUCUGUGCAGAGUGUCGCCAAUUCAAAAGAAAACUGACUUGUUAUAAAUACAUUUUCUAUGUUAUUAUUUUAUUUAUUUAUUAAUCUCUGUUUAUUAUACAUAACAUCAUGACCACCUGCCUAAAUAUGAGGCCACAUGUGUAAGGACCAUAGUUCUUAUGUAACUCUUCCCUGGGUUAUCUGAGUCUAUAUAGCAACCAGUGCAAACUCACUUUUAAGUGCUCAAAUCUAAUAUCAGUUUGUUUAUGUAUAAUUCGAAUGAACUCAAUCUGUGUAGAGUCACUAAUAGUGUAACACAGUAUAAUGAACGUCAUUCAAGAGAAACAAUUAUGUUUUAUUCUGUACAUCACAUAAUGGACUGUGAAUGGACGCACUUGUUACGUAAUAAAGUACUAAACUACUAAA